CCUCACUCCCCCAUCAUGGCACCCAAGAAGAGUGCCAAGGCGCCCGGCGGCGGCGCAGACAAGGACGGCGCGCAAGAGGAGCCGCUCGCCGCCGUCAUCCUGGCCGACACGUUCUCGCGCGCCUUUGCGCCGCUCGACGUCAGCGCUGCCGCCUCCUCCUCCGCCGAGAGCAUCGAGAGCUGCGCGCUGCUGCGGCCUUUCCUCAAUGUGCCGCUGCUCUCGCUGCACCUGCGCGCCCUCUCGCUCGCGCGCGUCGAGCAGGUGUACAUCCUCAGCAUCUCUCACGCCGAUGUCCUGCGUGAGCACCUCACCGCCCACCCGGCACCUCCCGGCAUGGAGGUGACGACGGUGCGCACGCCCGAGGCCCGCUCUGUCGGCGACUCGCUGCGCGAAAUCGAUGCGCGCCAGGUCAUCCGCGGCGAGUUCCUGCUCGUGCAGCCCGAUGCCAUCGUGGGCAUGGACCUUGCCGCCAUCGUCGAGGCCCACCGCGCACGCAAGCUGAAGGACAAGGACACGGCCAUGACGCUGUGCGCCAUGCAGGUCGGCGAGAAUGCGCGGAGCAGAGGCCUUCAUGCCCCCCUGCACGUCCUCAACGGCAACUCGCAGCUGCUGCACUACGCCGCUCAUGGCGUCGGCAAGGCUGUCGAGAUCCCGAACGAGGUGCUCUUCCUGGAGGAGAAGGAGGGCGGCGAUGGCGAGCUGGAGGUGCGCGCUGACCUGGUGGAGGCGGGCAUCGACGUUUGCGGCGCCGAGGUGCCGCCGCUGUUCUCCGAGAACUUCGACUAUCAGUCGCUGCGCGGCGACUUUGUGCCCGGCAUCCUCACGUCCGACCUGCUUGACUCCAAGAUCUUCAUGCACGUCUGCGGCUCGUCGUCGGGCGCAGCAGCUGGCCCGUCGGUGCAGAAGAACGGCUACGGCGCACGCGCAAGCUCUACGCGCGCCUACGACGCCAUCACGCGCGACGUGCUGGCAGGCGCGGCCCACCCGCUCGUGCCUUCGAGCAACAUCUGGCCGGGCGAGAGACUGGAGAAGAGGGGACGCGCGCUGGUUGGCGCUGGUGUUGCGCUGGACGACACCACUGUGCUCGGCCCGGGCACGCUCGUUGCAGGCGGCGCCAAGCUCGGUGCAGACGUCCGGCUUGCUCGCUCCGUCAUUGGCCCAAGCGUCAGCGUCGGUGCGCACACGGCCAUCAGAGGCUCGCACGUCUGGCACUCGGUCACAAUCGGCGAACGCUGCUCGCUCGACCGCAGCAUCGUUGCGUCCGGAGCUACUCUGCUCGACGGCGUCGUGCUUGGGCGCGGCUGCCUGAUCGGCCCGGGCUGCGUCGUCGGGCCCAACGUCACGCUGCCGCCCUUCUCGCGCGUUGGCGCAAGGGAGCACGGGGAUGACGAUGACGAGGAGUGGUCCGGAAACGCUGCCACGCCGAAAACAGCUGCAGCAGUCGACCCAGCGCUGGGCGCACAAGGGAAGGGCUUCCUGUGGCCCCGCGCUGGCGAGGGCCGCGCAGCGGAGGACGACGAUGACGACGACGAAGAGGAGCUCGAUGCUCCGCUUCACGACUAUCUCGGCGCAGAGGCAGGCGACAUUGACGACGAUGCCAGCGACGACGCCAGCUCCAUCGGCGGCGACUCUGAGCUGCUCGACGAGUGGGAUGGCUCGAGCAUGUCGAGCGUGGAGGACGCAGACAUGCACGAGGGCGCCGUCGGUGCCUCGCUCAUCAUUGGAGGCGACGGUGCCAACGGCGAUGAGACUGCCGCCGACAGAGCAGAGGCCAACGCCCGCCUGGCAGACUUCAAGACGGAGGCCGUUGCAUCACUCAAGCGCGCCUUUGAGGAGGGCCACACGACGGACAAUGCGGCCAUCGAGCUCAAGACGCUGCGCAUGGCGAGCAACGUGCCGCUCUCGGAGGUGCGUCAGGUGGCCAUCAGCUUCAUCCUGGACCGCUGCGAUGCCAAGGACGGCAAGCAGACGGGUGCCAUCCUCGACCGCUGGGGCCCGCUCAUUGAGACGGUUGCCAGCGACGAUGAGAUCGAGGCGGUGGCCAUGAUGCAGACAUACUGUGCGCUGCACACCUCGCACGCGGCGCUCUUCGUGCCGCUGCUCAAGAAGCUCUACAACGACGACCUCGUGUCGGACGAGGCGAUCGUGGCGUGGUGGCGCUCGCCGGCGGCGCGCGACGGCAGCGAGGCCCGUGGCGGCGAGGCAGCGCUGGAGCUGCGCCGGCGCGCCGAGCCCAUCGUGCGCUUCAUCCUCGAGAGCGCCGAGGACAGUGAGGAGGAGAGCGACGAGGAAUAGAUGUGCUCUGUGCUUGC